UUUGACAUAGGGGUCAUGUGCUAUUUAGGUAGAAACCUAUGCCGCUCUGCUGCAGCUGUCCCGCGGAGUGAUACAGCACUCUGCAUAUAUAAACUAUACACUCCAGAGAAAUCGUCCCGUCCUUCUUUUACUCCACUGCAUCAGAGUGUGGAGGAGAUUGGAAAGUGUUUGGUUGCAUUUUGUUCAAGAGAGAAGUCAACGAAACGAAAGUCAAGAUGCCUGAAGAAAUGCGCCAAGAGGAAGGCUGAGACCUUUGCCUUCCAGGCAGAGAUUGCUCAGCUGAUGUCCCUCAUCAUUAACACUUUUUAUUCCAACAAGGAGAUCUUCCUCAGGGAGCUUAUUUCCAAUGCCUCUGAUGCCCUUGAUAAAAUCAGAUAUGAAAGUCUGACUGAUCCAUCUAAACUGGACAGUGGGAAGGACCUCAAGAUUGAUAUCAUUCCCAACAAGCAUGAACGCACACUGACCAUUGUUGACACUGGAAUCGGCAUGACCAAGGCUGACCUCAUCAAUAACCUGGGAACCAUCGCAAAGUCAGGAACCAAGGCCUUCAUGGAGGCUCUUCAGGCUGGUGCAGAUAUCUCCAUGAUUGGGCAGUUUGGAGUGGGCUUCUACUCUGCCUAUCUGGUGGCUGAGAAAGUGGUGGUCAUCACUAAAAACAAUGAUGAUGAGCAGUAUGCCUGGGAGUCCUCAGCUGGUGGAUCCUUCACAGUCAAGGUUGACCAUGGUGAGCCCAUUGGCCGUGGAACCAAAGUCAUCCUUCAUCUGAAGGAGGAUCAGACAGAGUAUGUUGAGGAGAAGCGAGUGAAAGAGGUGGUCAAGAAACACUCUCAGUUCAUUGGAUACCCCAUCACACUGUUUGUGGAGAAGGAGCGUGAUAAGGAGAUCAGUGAUGAUGAGGCAGAGGAUGAAAAGGAAGAGAAGGAAGAGAAAGAAGAGGAGGAGGGAGAGGACAAGCCCAAAAUCGAGGAUGUAGGCUCUGAUGAUGAUGAGGAUUCAUCCAAGGAUAAGGACAAGAAGAAAAAGAAGAAAAUCAAGGAGAAGUAUAUCGACCAGGAGGAGCUGAACAAGACCAAGCCCAUCUGGACCAGGAACCCUGAUGACAUCACCAACGAGGAGUAUGGAGAGUUCUACAAGAGCCUGACCAACGACUGGGAGGACCACCUUGCUGUUAAGCAUUUCUCCGUUGAGGGACAGCUGGAAUUCAGAGCCCUGCUCUUCAUCCCCCGUCGUGCACCCUUUGAUCUCUUUGAGAACAAGAAAAAGAAGAAUAACAUCAAGCUGUAUGUGAGGAGGGUGUUCAUCAUGGACAGCUGUGAGGAGCUCAUCCCCGAGUACCUGAACUUCAUCCGUGGUGUGGUCGACUCCGAGGAUCUUCCCCUGAACAUCUCCAGAGAGAUGCUGCAGCAGAGCAAAAUUCUGAAGGUGAUUCGCAAGAACAUCGUGAAGAAAUGCCUGGAGCUGUUUGCUGAGCUUUCUGAAGACAAGGACAAUUACAAGAAGUUCUAUGAAGCCUUUUCCAAGAACAUCAAGUUGGGCAUCCACGAGGACUCCCAGAACCGUAAGAAGCUCUCGGAGCUGCUGCGCUAUCAUAGCUCCCAGUCAGGAGAUGAAAUGACCUCACUCUCGGAGUACCUCAGCCGCAUGAAGGAGAACCAGAAAUCCAUUUACUACAUCACUGGUGAGAGCAAGGACCAGGUGGCAAACUCUGCCUUUGUUGAGCGUGUUCAUAAGCGUGGCUUUGAGGUUCUCUACAUGGUGGAGCCUAUUGAUGAGUACUGUGUGCAACAGCUGAAGGAAUUUGAGGGCAAGACCCUGGUCUCUGUCACCAAGGAGGGCCUGGAGCUGCCUGAGGAUGAGGAGGAGAAGAAAAAGAUGGAGGAGGACAAGGCCAGGUUUGAGAGCCUCUGCAAGCUGAUGAAGGAGAUUCUGGAUAAGAAAGUUGAAAAGGUUACAGUAUCUAACAGACUGGUUUCUUCACCUUGCUGCAUCGUGACAAGCACAUACGGCUGGACUGCCAACAUGGAGCGCAUCAUGAAGGCCCAAGCACUGAGAGACAACUCCACCAUGGGCUACAUGAUGGCAAAGAAGCAUCUAGAGAUCAAUCCUGACCAUCCCAUCAUGGAAAUGCUGAGGCAAAAGGCAGAGGCUGAUAAGAACGACAAGGCUGUGAAGGAUCUGGUGAUUCUGCUGUUUGAGACGGCGCUGCUCUCCUCAGGCUUCUCUCUGGAUGACCCUCAGACACAUUCCAACCGUAUCUACAGGAUGAUCAAAUUGGGACUUGGUAUCGAUGAUGACGAUGUCCCCUCAGAUGAACCAAGCUCUGCUCCUGCUCCAGAGGAAAUCCCACCACUGGAGGGAGAUGAUGAUGCCUCUCGCAUGGAGGAAGUUGAUUAAACCCCUAUGCCAUCUAUUACUCAUUCAGCCUCACUUUUUCCAAUGCCAUUCCUUUUGCCCUGUAUUAGGGCAACUUGGUCAAAACUCCCUUUUUUUUUGUUGUACAAAUUGUAAUUGAAUGGUUCGUCCAGCUAUAGAGUACCUCUUUGCACUGAGCUUCCUAAAGUGAGGGCCGAGGGGAAUUUAGGGUAAUAACAUUCCAUCAGGAUUCCAAUGUUGAGGGAGGGUUGGGAGGGUUGGCUCUGCUGCUCUACACUGAGGGGUGGACUGCAAAAUGUGUUGUGCCUGAGUCCAGGCUGGUCUAUGUUCAGUGUUGUUUUUUUGCAGAAAUUAAAUGAUGUGAUACAAUGA